AUGACUAAGACAGGAACAAAGUUGGUAAAUGGAUACCAAUUUGGAACGGAGUUACAAUGCUAAAAGCUGGUGGAUAUAGUUAAACAGUAAAGGUAGUAGCAUCCUACUAAGAUAGAAAAGUUUAUUUUAAUUUUAUUUGGCAUUUGA